UCUGCUCGUAAAAGUGUCUCAAAAGGCCAGAAAAAAAGAUGGAAAAAAGGCCAGAGCAGCAGUAGUAAUCCAGAGAACAAAACGCAUCGCUCACUUGCAAAGAAUAGGUUUUUCAAUGUAGAUUUAGGGAAAGAUAGUGACCUGACACAGGAUGCGCUCGCUAAACAUGACCAAGUCACCAGGGAUGGAGAUGAGGAUGGUGAUGCAGCCAUGUCUGAGGGAGAUGCUCAAAGUAUCGGAGGGGGCACAUUCAAUACCUGGGCGACUAACUGGACCGAUUGCACUAACGCCACAUUUGGAAAAGUUCAAAGAUACUGGGCUUCAAACUCUGCGUUGCACAAGGAGAUUCUAGCGGUGCUGGCUGCAGUGACAGAAGUCAUCAAAUCAAAGGGUGGGAAAGAAACGGAAACUGAAUAUUUUGGUGCUCUUUUGACUGCAGCAGAAACGAUGGACUCUGAAGAAUCACUGACUGCAGUUGUGUACCUGUUAAGUGUUGUGAUCAAGAGAGUUCCUGUCUCCGUCUUGAAGAAAAAAUUCUCGGAUGUGGCCAAAUAUUUCAUUAAUUUAUUGGGUGUCCAUGAAGAAAGUGAUUCGACGUCAUUAUUAAAAUCUUUGUUAAAGUGUGUUGCAUCAUUAUUAAGAAUACAAGAGCCAGCAAUAUGGAAUGACUCUUCAACGCUGCAUGUCUACAAUGGACUACUCAUGUUCACAGUACAUCAUAAGCCGAAAGUGCGCAAGGCUGCCCAGAUGGCAGUGUGCGUCAUACUGAAGGGAAGUACAUUCAUGACUGAGGGUGAUCCACCGGCCCAUCACCCUGCCGCCCCGUCAACGGCCAAGUUUUGCAUACAGCAGAUAGAAGAACAUGGAGCUGGAAAGGAUGCAACCACUACGUUGCAUGUGCUGAGUUUUUUGAAGGAGAUCCUUGGCUGUUUCCCACAGAACAGCCUUAAGUCGGCUUGUGAAACUAUCCUUCGACUCAUGACACUCAGUAAUGUUAUGAUAACAUCAUUGUGCAUGCAAGCCCUUCACGGUAUGUUCGUGACAAGUCCUAAAUCGACCACCAUGCCCUCGGAGCUGAAUGCACAGAUAAUCACAGCCCUGUACGAUUUCCAGCCGGGCGACAGUGACAGUCAGCUAAUGGCUGCUUGGUUGGCGGUCAUGGAGAAAGCCCACAUCAACUUGGCAAGAUUGAACGUGCGACUGUGCAUCAGCCAUCUGCCACGCCUCUUCACAACCUGCGUGAAGUGCUUCCAGGCGGAGAAACAAGAAGUCCAUGUCACAGCCGCGUCGACUCUGAAAUCAGUCCUACAGCAUUGUAUCGCACCAAAUUUAGACGUCGUGCAGACUCUAUUGGACUCUACUCCCGAGGGAACCAAGAGCCCUAUUCAUAAGAUGUUCGCGUCGUUGGAGGGUGGCUUGAGCUAUCAGUACCACGCAUCUUGGGGGCACAUCAUACAGAUGCUGGCGGUGUUCUUCUCAGUGUUGGGGAAGAAUUGUCACAAGAUGACGUUUAAAUGCCUGAAGUCUUUGUGUGAUCUGAGGGACAGUCAUCGGUUUGCCUACAAACCAGAGGUGGACCGAGCAAUAGGCAUGGCAGUCACUAAGAUGGGACCAAAAGCCAUACUUUCUGCUGUUCCGUUACAAAUCACUGGAGAUGAAAUGGAAAAUUUCGAGUUCCCAAGGGGUUGGCUGCUGCCGGUCUUGCGUGACAACAUCAAGGAGACAGAGCUCGCGUUCUUCACAUCGUAUUUCUUGCCAUUGUCUGCGAAACUCCGGACGCGAUCUGCGGCAUUACGGAGCGAGGGUCAAAUAAUGAAAGCCAAGUUAUACGAGACACUACAGAACCAGAUCUGGGCUUUGCUGAGUGGAUUUUGUAACAGACCUACAGAUCUUGCCAAGUCCUUCCCGACCUUGGCCAAAGUCUUGGGAUCUGCCCUCACCGAGCGACCCGAGCUGCGCAUGGAGGUCAUGAGUGCAUUACGAAAAUUAAUCCUCCAUAACUUAGAAAAUGAAGAAAACAAAAAGGAAUUGGCUAGAUUUGCCAAGAACUAUUUACCAAUUCUGUUCAAUUUGUAUACAACUGAAUCUACUGAGAAUACGCACGAUCCGGCCCGACCUGCUGCUUUAGAAACUAUCAAAAUAUACCUCCAGAUUGCAGAUAAAGAGUUAACCAAUUCAUUAUUUGACAAGUGUUACGGCCGAUUAUUGGACAAGGACUCUACAGCCUUACGGCGUCAUAACCUUCUUGAUCUGAUAAAUGCCUUCAUACCGUACAUAGACAAAGCAAGGUUGAAGAAGUUGAGUGAAUUAGUCGUGCCAAGAUUAAAUGAUAAAGACCGUACCACACAAAAGAAAUCCUACAGAGCCCUGGAAGAGAUCUGCAGUUCAAAGUCGGAAAACUGUCGGAAUUAUGUUGCCACACAUCUGAGUGAAUUGCAGUCUGUGUUGAUAAAUUCUUUGUCCAGUUCUAGUCCUUCUUCAAAAGCACCUCGAUUACGGUGUCUGAUUCACAUCUUCCGCCAGCUGUCCGACGACCAGCGUGAUUUCCUAAUGGCAGUUGUACCAGAGGCUAUUCUCUGUACGAAGGAAGUAGCUGAGAGGGCAAGGACAGCAGCGUACACCCUACUGGUGGAAAUGUGUGAGGCGCUAAUCCGGUGGACAGACAAGCCAAAGCAGGAGGUGAUAUUCGAAUACUUUCAAAGGAUAAUGGCAGGAUUUGCUGGGGAUUCUCACAUGAUUAGCGCCACAACCCAUGCCUUGACCCGAAUUUUACAUCAGUAUAAAGGUGAUGUCAAUGGAGCCCUUCUUGAUGUCUUGAUGGACCAGGCCAGCCUUCUCCUCUCCUCCAAGGCAAGGGAAGUGGUCCAAGCCGCUCUCGGUUUCGUCAAAGUCCUCCUCAGCGCGUUCAAGGACGUCGAGCUGGCAAAAUAUUUGGAAAAUCUCAUCUCGAGUUUGGUCUCGAUGAAGGAGGACAACAAGCACCACUUUCGAUUCAAAGCGAAGGAAUUAUUCGAACGACUGAUCCGAAAGUUUGGCUUUGUGGCAAUUGAAAAGAUGGUUCCAGCAAGUCAUAGUAAACUCUUACAGAAUAUCCGUAAGACCCAGGAGAGAUUAAAACGCCAACGGAAGGCAGAGAAAAAAUCGAGAGAGGAUGGUGACUCGGAUGACGAUGAAUUUAAGUUUAAGUCAAUACCUGAAAGUGUUGAUGAACUGCUUAGAGACACCGACUCUGAAUUAGACGAAGAUGACAAAGCGAAGCCGGGCAAAAAAGGUGCUAAGAAGUCGGCCAAGAAGGAGAGGCCAGGUGCAGCAUGGCUGAAGGAGAGUAAUGAUGAUGACAUCGUCGACUUCCUGGAUACGUCUGCUUCAAAGAAAGUUCUGGCAACUAAACCGCAAGUUAAACCGGGAACAUCCGGCAUCCAGCAUGAUUUCAAGUUGACUCCAGACGGUCGCCUCAUCAUCACGGGAGACAAGGAAGAGGAGAUGCCUAAGCCAAGUAAGGAGGAAGCAAUGGAUGACUUGGAGGAUCUGCUUGAUGCCUUCGAAGGCCCGACAAAGAAAAGCAAGAAGCGUCGCUUUGAUGAUGACGAAGAUGACGAGCACGAUGACCGACCAGCAAAAUAUCGUGCCGGCGGUGGUGGUAUUCAUCGUCCCAUUGCUGUCGCCAAGCGGGAAACGGGAAAGACUGGAGGAGAAUAUCGAGCUAAGAAAGCUGGUGGUGACAUAAAGAAGAAAGGAAAGCCAGAUCCAUAUGCGUAUGUUCCGCUCAAUCAACAAGUUCUUAACAAGAGGAAAACUGCCAAGUUGAAGGGUCAGUUCACUCACUUCGUAAAGGGAGCAAAGAAAGGGGCAUCUCAAGGAAGGAAAGCACGAGUGAAGAAAUCGGGCAGAAAGUGACCGUCAGCUUGAUAUGAUGAUUGCAGCAGAUUAUAUUGCCCCAAAGUUUAAACAUGAACGAAAAAGAUUUCAAAUAAUGGCUUGGACAUUCUAACCACAUGUUGCUUUGGGUCGUCAGAAAUGCAGUGUCUUAUUCCCUCUGAUAUUCUUUUUCCUUCAGUCAGUGUCCUUUAGUCAGUGUUUCUCUGAUAAAGGUACUGAUCCAUUGGAUACUGUAUGUAUAUACUACUGACUGCAAAAUUUAUUUCACAAAGCCUUAAAAUGUGAUUAAGAAAUCUAAUUGGUCAUUUUCAUUUAAGGAAUUGAACCCGAGGCGGAGGACCUUGGUUGAGUUACCAAGACACUCGAGGGUGGAGCUAAAAUACAGUCCAAACUGUAUUUUGGACGAAAUUUUAGCUCCACCCGGGAGUGUCUUGGUAACUCAACCAAGGUCCGAAGCCGAGGGUUCAAUUUCUAUUCUAAAAUACCUCAAACUUAAAAAGAUAGGCCACGAAAAUAACUUGAAUAUGUGCGAAUUUGGCAAAUUCCAUCCAUCGCUGGCCCGGCCGGAGCGCCGGUAGCGCCAUUGUUUACAUUAUGUUACGGCAACGUUACAGAAAAUGAGACAUGUACAUUUUGUACAGCGCGCAUAGGAAGUCCGCAUCGGCUCGCUCAAGUGAUGCUAAAAUCCGCGCAAAUGGGCUAUUUGGAGCGUUUUUCUCGGCAAAUAUGUGUAGUGCUCAUUAAAAAACUUAGGGUGGUUGAUGCUUCCUUGACUGAUUUGUGUUUGAAGCAGUGUUUUGAGAGCCUCAAACUUCUGAAGUGAGCUGAAAUUCCAUUGACGUGACGUGUGCAUGGUUCCACAUUUUAGUGCAACCCGAGGGAACUUUGGUAGAGCAUCUUGGUUGCGUGUCCAAAACACUCUGCUCUCAGAACGAGGCUUAUGCAUUUUCCAUUAAAAAGUUGACUUUACGGUACCAAGGUAUUUUAGAAUCGUAAGCACUGACAGUCUUUGAAAAUUAUUAUGACUUGCUUGCAUUGCCUCUGGUUUAAAAAAUGUGAGCCAAUUUUCAAAAGGUUUGAAUUGUUGUAACUCUCAUUGAUAAGGUGGUUGAUAUGAACUUUCGUACAUGUAAGAUCUGAUAUUGGCUCAAGAAACUUCAAAAACCUCCAC